AUGUCGGGUGCUGCCAAGGUCGCCAGGACCGCCUCGCGCGCGGUCCGCUCCUUCACAUCUAGCUCCAAGGCCGCUUCCGGAGGUCACCACGAGCCCGACUACGUCCAUGCCCCCUCUAUGUACAACCUGCCCGCCAUGAAGAACCGCAAACUGAAGUUUGGUCUCAGCGUGGGUGGUGUUGUGGCCCUCGGCAUCGCGCUCCCAGUGAUUGCAUGCCAGUGGCAGGUAGGGUUGCGAGACCUUUCGGUGGGGCUAAAAUGUGUAUGA